AUGGAACCCCUCUAUCAGGCCGUGUCCAUUCUCACGAAGGUGAACACCUUCCAGGGGAAGAAGAUGGUGGAGAGCGGCCUCCAGUCUGGAGACUUCUCGCUCCCCCAGUCGUGGGCCUCCUGCAUCCUGCCGCCAGCCGACCUGGAGAUCCUGCAGCAGAAGGUGGCCGGGGUGCAACGGGAGCUGGAGGACUUCAAGAAGGAGGCACUGAGGGCCAUCCAUUGCCUGGAAGACGCCUUCUGCGAGAUGAACGGGGCCCUGGCGCAGCAGGAGGGGCAGGCGGCCCGCAUGCGGCUGAGGGAGGAGGAGGACCGGGGCAUUGUGCGGAGCAAGGUCCUCACCUUCCUGCUGCCCUGCAAGAAGCAGCUCCGGGAGCACUGCAGGCGGCUGGAGUGCCUGUUGCUGGGCCAGAGCUGCGAGGCACUGGGCACCCCCGGGAAGAUCCAGGCCCACUGA